UGUUGCUAGGUAACCACGCCAGCAUUGGCGAGCACACAGACUAGCAGCAUUGCUACACGAACUUCACUCCAUGGAUUAAGUUACCAAAAGCUGCGAGAAGAAUACAUUUCAUGGCAAAGCGUGCUUCAGCUCCAACUGAAAGAUGCCCCACAGUUCACACGAUGCUCGUAAGCAGUUCAUCCUGGCCACAACUGGAAACUUCUACGGAAUAAAGCCCUCAUCGUCCCUGACUGAUAGCCAAGAGCUCAACAGCUUCUUGGAUGAUGGGAAUGAAUUUGUCUUGUCUGUCAGCAGACGUAACAAUGAACUUCACUUGUCAAAUAAGAUUGAAGCUUCAGGGGACAGUGGAGAGAAGGUGUUGGUGUUCUUCAAACUGCAUCCCACAGUGAUCACUGAAGAUAACUUUCAUCAGAGCCUCUUGGUGUCAUCCAUGCUGGAGUCACCCAUCAACACCCUCUACCAGGCUGUCAAACAGGUUUUUGCACCUGUGCUGCUGAAGGAUGAGCGCUGGCGUUCAGCAUUUGACCCGAAGUUGGCAGACCUGCUGAGUGAGCUGGAGCUGGGCCUGGGUUCGGUGGUGCGCCAGCUUGGAGGACAGUCCUCUUCCAAGAAGGGCCGUAAGGAGGAAGAUGUCCUGGGUAUCCUGACUCCCAGUGAUGAAUUCCAGUACUGGGCGGAUCUCUCUGAGUCAGCUGAGAAGAACAGUGUGAGAGAAAGGGCCAAAUAUUUCACGGACCAUUUCGAACCAAUAAAAAAGGAGUUCUGUGGUCUCGAUGGCUUGUCUAUGUCAGAUGUGGUGGAUCUGGUGGAACAGAGCAAAGACACUCUUGAUGAUGUUUGGAGGCAGACCGAUUAUGAGCCUUAUCCAGAGACUCGCAUGCUCCGACUCAUGGAUGUUGUUGGUGGAGCCCUGGGAAGAUUUGUCCAGAAGAAGCUGAGUGCUCUUAAAAUUUUUCAGGAGCCUUUUGUUUCAGUGAGAGAGAACUUGAGAACAGCUGUUUCCAUCUGUGAACAGUGGGUGAUAGCCUGUGAACAUUUGACUGGACAGGUAUGGAAGAGACAUAUUCCCCACCCCUGGAAGGGAAACAAGCACUGCCCACAAUCCCUACAUUGCCUUGCGAAAAGAUUGAAUGAGGUGGUGACUCUCCGUGUGGUUCAUGAGAAAUUGCUGUGUUUGCUACCAGGAGGGACGCUGCAGGCUCUGACCUCAGAUCGUGUUUUUGAACCAUUCUCUGGACUCAACCCUCUUCAGUACAACCCCUAUACUGAGCCUCUUUGGAAAGCAGCUGUGGCUCAGUUUGAGCGCCUAAUGGCUCCAUCAGAACAGGAGGUUGCAGGGAGGCUAAAGACUUACAUUGCCGAUGUGCAGGACAACCCACAACAGCUGUUGCAGGUGUUCCAAAAGCAUAAGGAGUUGAUCAGACGUCCUAACAUCAGUAAAGAGCUGCAGUCGGAAAGAGAGAUGCUACUAGCCAGAAUACUAGACUACAAUAAGGGGCUGAAGACUGACUUUGAGAAUCGUUGCCAUGGAAGCCCUGGAGACAAAUUUGGGCCUCUCAUUGGCAGAAACCUCCCUGAAGUGGUCAACAAAAUAGUUUGGGUGCGACAGCUCUUACACAAGGUGGAGGACUCUGUCCGCAUAGCUGAGGCUCUGCUUUCAGACCUGUCUGGGUUCAAAGGGUUCCUGCAUUUCUGUGAUGACCUGUUGGAAGUUCUGAGGGCGUAUGAACAGGAACAGUUUGAGGACUGGUCAAGAGAUAUACUGUCUGGACUGGCUGAUCCAAAGUCAGGGAUCAGUCUCCAGGCCAGUAACCGCGUUAUGGACCUGGAUCAUGUGGAUGGCAAGCUGAAGAUUCAGUACUCGGACAGACUGGUCACUCUGCUCAGAGAAGUCAGGCAGCUCUCCGCCCUGGGAUUUCCUAUCCCAGCCAAGAUACAACAGGCUGCUAAUACUGCAGACAAAUUCUACAGACAAGCCAUUGUCCUUAAACAGGUGGCCCAUUUCUACAACACCAUCGACCAACAGAUGAUUCCCUCUCAGAGACCUAUGAUGCUUAGUCUUGCUCUGGCGUUUGAACAGGUCAUCAAGAAUCCUCGCUCUCAGUCAAAGGAAUCAGGUGGUAAACUGCAGAUUACGUGGGACAACCCCAAAGAUUUAGAAGUGUACAUUACCAAGCUGCAGUCUGCGGCAGAGAAACUCUCUACCGAGAACAGGAAGUUACGAAAAUGGCACACUGACUUUAUCGACAAGGUGGUGACACUGAUGAAUGUUGACCUAUUGAGACAUCAGCAGCGGUGGAAGGAUGGCCUUCAGGAGCUCCGUACGGGCUUUGCCACUCUGGAGGCUCAGGGCUUCAGGUCUGAUGACAUGCGGGCAUGGCGUCAGCACUGGAACCAUCAGCUGUACAAGGCUCUUGAACACCAGUAUCAGACUGGAUUGGAAGCUCUGAACAAGAACUUGCCUGAAAUACACAUAGACCUCACUUUCAAGCAGGGUCGUUUACAGUUCCGUCCACCGUUUGAGGAGGUGCGAGCACGCUAUUUCAGGGAGAUGAAGCGAUUCAUCUCAAUCCCAAACCAGUUCAAAGGGGUCAGCGCCCAGGGGGAGGAGCUUAUCUUCAACGUCAUGAUUGACAGAAAUGCCUCUGGGUUCCUCACCAUUUUCAGCAAGGCCGAGGACCUCUUUAGCCGCCUGCAGGCCGUACAACACAAGUUCAAGGAGUGGGUGGUGCUGGGCCAAGUGGAUUUAGAGAAGUUAGUAGAAAAGCAUCUGAGUUCCGUGCAAGACUGGGAGAGAAAUUUCAAGGCCCUGAAAGCCAGAGGGAAAGAGUCAGAACGUCUACCCAGUCAGGAGAAGGUAGACUGCAUCACAGUCAACUGUGAGCCAGUAAAAGCUGUCAUUGAUGACCUGAUCCAGAGGCUGUUCGACAUGCUGCUCUUAUCCCUUAGGAAGUCUAUACAAGGCCACACACAAGCCAUAGACAGUUUUGUAUCAGAAUCAAUGGAGGCCUUGUCCACUCGACCAGAAAGCAUGGAGGAGAUCGGGGCGGCAAAUGGCAAACACAGCCAGAUAUUCGCUCGCAAACCUGAAAUCCUACCUCAGUUCCAGUGUGCUGAAGAGAAGAACCGCUUGCUGCGUGCGGUGGCCGGGGCCGGCAUGGACUCUCUGUCCUCACUGAGGGCCAAGUGGGACAAACUAGAGCUUGUUAUGGAGAGCCACCAGCUUAUGAUCAAAGAACAGAUGGAGGUGAUGCGAACUAAUGCGGCAGGUCAUAUCAGUGCCUAUAGGGCAGAUCUGGAGCGGUUUAAGGCACGCUGGGACCAGCUGAAACCUAAAGAUGAGAUGCUUGAGACUGGUGAUCAUGCUGCCCUACUUGUCUGUCUCCAAACAAUCAGGGAGAAACAGCAAGAGUUCCAGGAGCUAGAGCUUGUGCGCAGUAAACUGCUUGAAGACUGUACGUGUUUUGAUCUGGACGUUCCAGAUUUCUCUUUGGCAGAAGAGACAAAACGAGACAUGGAGGAGGUUAGCCAAAUGUGGGGUCUGUAUGAGGAGUGGCAGCAGGGCUUCACAGAGAAGGCCCAGGAGGACUGGAUCACAUUCAGGAGUAAAACAUACGUGUUUGAGGAGUUUCUGUUUAUGUGGCAGGACAGACUAAGAAAACUGGAACAGCCCACUGCCAUGUCUGUAAAACUACAAGGGGAAGUAGACAAAUACAAGAACAUGGUUCCAGUGCUGAAGUACGUACGUGGGGAACACCUGUCUCAGGACCACUGGCUGGAUAUGUUUCGUUUGCUGGGUCUCCCAAGAGGGACCACCUUAGAAAGACUUACCUUUAACGAUCUUCUUGGUGUUGCAAAUACGAUCACAGAAAAGGCGUUGGAGCUCAAGGAUCUGAACAGUCGUGCUCAGGCGGAGGUGACAAUCAGAGAAGCACUCAGGGAGCUGGACUUGUGGGGAGCUGCAGCUACCUUCACCCUCACUGAGUACACAGACAACAGUGGACGCACUCUGACCCUCAUCAAGGACUGGAGGGAUGUAGUAAACCAGGUGGGAGAUAACCGCUGUCUGCUGCAGUCUCUGAAGGACUCCCCCUACUACCGCAGCUUCCAGGACAAGGUCAGUCUGUGGGAGGUUCGUCUGUCAGACUUAGAUGAGUACCUGCUCAGUCUGAAUGCUAUCCAGAGGCGCUGGGUUUAUCUGGAGCCUAUUUUUGGACGAGGAGCAUUGCCCCGAGAGGAGGCCCGCUUCAAACGGGUUGAUGAAGACUUCAGGUCAAUAAUGUCGGACAUCCAGAGGGAUAACAGAGUUGUUUCUCUGAGCUCAAGGGCUGGAAUCAGAAGCUCUCUGGUCACCAUACUGGAUCAGCUGCAGCGCUGCCAAAAGUCCCUCAAUGAGUUUCUGGAGGAGAAGCGUUCUGCUUUCCCGCGCUUCUAUUUCAUAGGAGAUGAUGACCUUUUAGAGAUUCUAGGACAGGCAACCAAUCCAGCUGUCAUCCAGUCACACCUCAAGAAACUCUUUGCAGGCAUCCACAGUGUUGUGUUUGAUGAACAGUGCCAGCACAUUGUCGCAAUGUGUUCUCUGGAAGGAGAAAAAGUACCACUAAGAAACCUUGUACGAAUUUCCAGCCUUGUGGAGGCAUGGCUAAGUGAGCUGUCUGUGGAAAUGAAGGAGACUCUGAAGCAUCUGCUGUAUGAAUGCUUGUCAGCAGGGAGGAAGGGGGCCGUGGACCCCUCUCGUUAUCCGUCACAGAUUCUCUGUUUGGCCGAGCAAAUCCAGUUUACUGAGGACGUGGAAAGAGCUCUAAAAGAGCAAAAUUUGCAGCAGUUGGAGAUAGAGCUUAAUGGCAAACUGGAACACUACACCACAGUGGACACCAGCUCUGAUGACCACCCAAACACAGAGUCCAGCAUCCUGCAGCUGAAGCUAAAGGCCUUGAUUCUAGACAUUAUCCAUAACAUCAGUGUGGUGAAGCAGCUGAACCAGGCAGGUGUUAGCAGUACUGAUGCAUGGGCCUGGAAGAAGCAGCUUCGUUUCUACAUGGGACCAGACAAAUGCUGCCACAUCCACAUGGUGGAUGCACAGUUCAACUAUACUUAUGAAUACCAGGGGAAUGCAGCUAAGCUGGUACACACUCCACUGACUGAUAAGUGCUACCUGACUCUGACCCAGGCCAUGAAGAUGGGCCUUGGGGGGAACCCAUAUGGGCCAGCUGGUACAGGCAAGACUGAGUCUGUCAAAGCCUUAGGGGGGCUGUUUGGACGUCAGGUGCUGGUGUUCAACUGUGAUGAGGGUAUCGAUGUGAAGUCAAUGGGCCGAAUCUUUGUGGGGCUGGUAAAGUGUGGAGCAUGGGGCUGCUUUGAUGAGUUCAAUCGUUUAGAAGAAGCAGUACUAUCUGCAGUUUCUAUGCAGAUUCAGGCCAUUCAAGACUCCCUCAAACAUCACAAGAACACAUGUGAACUGCUGGGAAAAGAGGUGGAACUGGACCCAAACUCUGGAGUGUUUAUCACAUUGAACCCAGCAGGAAAAGGUUAUGGGGGUAGGCAGAAACUUCCAGACAACCUUAAGCAGCUGUUCAGGCCUGUGGCCAUGAGCAGGCCAGACAAUGAACUCAUCUCUGAAGUCAUCCUUUACUCUGAGGGCUUCAAACAUGGAGAAAUACUGGGGCGUAAACUGGUUGCAAUCUUCAACCUGGCCAGGGAGCUGUUGACUCCCCAGCAACACUAUGAUUGGGGUUUGCGUGCUCUGAAGACGGUGCUGAAGGCCUGUGGCAGUCUCCUGCAGCAACAGAGGAGGAGUCAUGACAAGGACAGGAUUCAGGAGAGCAGUCUGGUUGUGCAGGCUUUGAGACUGAACACCAUGUCCAAGCUGACGUUUGCCGAUAGCUCUCGGUUUGAUGCUUUGGUCAAGGAUGUGUUCUCUAGCGUUAGCUUCACUGACGUGGAAGACCAGAUACUAAUGCAGGCACUGGAGCAAGUCUACAAGGAGGCACAACUUGAACUUAUACCCAGCCAGCUGAAAAAAGCAUUGGAGCUGAAUGAACAGCUGAGACAGCGUAUGGGUGUAGUCAUCGUAGGGCCAAGUGGAGCAGGCAAAUCUACACUGUGGAGGAUGCUGAGGGCAGCUCUCAGCAAGACAGGCAAAGUGGUGAAACAGUACACAAUGAAUCCUAAGGCCAUGCCCAGACAGCAGUUGUUGGGACAUAUAGACAUGGACACCAGAGAAUGGGCUGAUGGCGUCCUUACACACAGCGCCAGGAGGGUUGUCAGAGAACCACAGGAGGUGAACUCCUGGAUUGUCUGUGAUGGUGAUAUUGACCCAGAGUGGAUUGAGAGUCUGAACUCUGUGCUUGACGACAAUCGGCUGUUAACCAUGCCUAGCGGAGAACGCAUCCAGUUUGGACCCAAUGUCAACUUCUUGUUUGAGACCCACGACCUCAGCUGUGCUUCACCUGCCACUGUUUCCCGCAUGGGCAUGAUAUUUCUAAGUGAUGAGGACAUUGAUGUGGGUGCCUUGGUGCAGUCCUGGUUAAGAGGUCAGCCAGAAGAGUGUCGCAGUAACCUAGAAAACUGGCUUGGAGACUACUUCCAAAGAUCCCUGGACUGGGUCCUCAAACAGAAUGACUUUGUGGUGGAAACGAGUCUGGUGGGCACAGUGUUCAACUGCCUGUCACACCUCAGUGCUGUGACAGAGAGAGGCCAGUUCGUUGUUGGUCUUCUUCGAGGCAUGGGGGGAAACCUAAACCUCAAAACACGACAAGAAUUUGCCAAGGAGUUGCUGAGCUGGGCCAGGGAAACUCCACCAGACACCAGAAAACCACUUGACACCUACUAUGACUCGGACAGUGGCCAUCUAGCAGCCUAUACGUUCCAGCGUCCUGAGACUCUCACUCUGGAUCACUUAUCUCAUACACAUAAACUACCUGUUAUUGAGACUCCAGGCAUGCAGAGAGGUCUGCACUGCUUCUCUCCAUGGCUCACAGCUCAGCACAGGCAACCCUUCAUGGUGGUGGGGCCAGAAGGUUGCGGAAAGGGUAUGCUCCUUCGCUAUGCCUUAUCUCGGUUGCGUUCCACCCAAGUUGCUGUGGUUCACUGCAGUGCCCAGACCUCAUCUCGCCAUGUCCUCCAGAAGCUUAGCCAGACAUGCCUGUUGCUCAGCUCUAACACUGGCCGAGUGUUCAGACCCAAGGACUGUGAGAACCUGGUCCUUUACUUAAAAGACAUCAACCUACCCAAACCAGACAAAUGGGGGACCAGCAACCUCACUGCCUUCCUGAAACAGGUGUUGACAUAUAAGGGAUUCUAUGAUGAAAAUCUGGAGUGGGUGAGCCUUGAGAAUGUUCAAGUGGUGGCCUCCAUGUCAACUGGGGGUGCUGUUGGAAGCCAUUCUCUCACUACUCGCUUCUCAUCUAUCGUACGCAUCUGCACCAUAGACUAUCCAGACAGGGAACAGCUGCAGACCAUCUACUCAGCUUACCUACAGCCAGUACUCCAGCAUAGUCUGGGCAGCGAGGAAGGCUGGGCCAGCACUGGGAAAACACACCAGCUGGCCGGGUCUCUCGUCCAGCUCUAUGAACAGGUGAAAGCCAAAUUUACAGUGGAUCACCACAGCCACUACCUGUUUACCCCCUGCAUUCUCACUGAAUGGGUUCUCAGCUUACUGCGAUAUGACCUCACUGCAGCUCAAUCUAAUGUGACAGACAGCGUGUUGGAGGUGGUAGCAUAUGAGGCCAGGAGGCUGUUCAGAGACCGGCUAGUGUCCUCAAAAGACCUUCACACCUUUGAUAACAUCCUGUCCUCCAUCAUACGGGGAGACUGGGGCUCUGACGCUCUGGAUAACAUGACCGACGGUUUCUAUGUGACAUGGGGAGCCUCUGAAGGGGCUGUAAUGGCUCCAGGGCUGUCUCUUCCUCCUCAUGGCAAACAACUGGGACGUCUGGGUUCUGCUGACCUGAAACAGGUUAUACAUAAGGGAGUAGUGCUGUACAGUCGUGAUAACAGAGAGCUGGAUCUUCUCCUGUUCUGGGAAGUUUGUGACUUUGUAUCCCGGGUGGAUCGGGUCCUGAGCCGACCUGGUGGUUCUCUGCUCCUGGCGGGGCGGAGCGGAGUGGGUCGGCACACAGCCACGUGCCUGGUGUCACACAUGCAUGGAUUUACAUUGUUCACUCCUAAAGUCUCUCGUGGUUAUACUCUUAAGCAUUUCAACAAUGAUCUAAAGACGGUGAUGCAGCUGGCAGGUCUGGAGGGCCAGCAGGUGGUUCUGCUGUUAGAGGACUACCAGUUUGUCCAUCCGGCUUUCUUAGAGAUGGUCAACAGCCUGUUGUCAUCAGGUGAAGUUCCAGGUCUGUAUACACCAGAGGAACUGGAGCCUCUACUCUCCCCCCUUAAAGAUGCUGCCUCCCAGGAUGGAUUCACUGGACCCCUCUACAACUACUUUUCACACAGAAUCCAGCAGAACCUCCACAUUGUUCUGAUCAUGGACUGCUCCAACUCCAACUUUACCAUCAACUGUGAAAGCAACCCGGCCUUUUACCGCAAGUGUUCUGUCCAGUGGAUGGAGGGAUGGUCUGAAAGCAGCAUGAAGAAGAUUCCUGAGCUGCUGUUGGCAAAAACAGAACAAGGAGGGGAGGAGAAUGAAAGAGAAAAAGGCACAAAGAGGAAAAGCUCAGGGUUUGGACAGGAAGACUUGUGCCGUUUGUUCCUGAUGGUCCAUGAGUCAUGUAGAGAACAUGGUGCAACACCAAGCCAGUACAUGGCCUUUCUGCAUGUCUACACAGCAAUAUACAGGCGGAAGCAAAACCAGCUCACAACAAGACAGCAGCAUCUCCAGGCAGGCGUGUCUAAGCUGAACGAAGCUAAAGCAUUGGUUGAUGAUUUGAAGAGGCGGGCUGCUGAACAGAGUGCACUGCUGAAGACCAAACAACAGGAGGCAGAUUCUGCCCUGCAGGAAAUCACAACCUCCAUGCAGAAUGCCAGUGACCAGAAGACAGAGAUGGAAAAAAUAAAAGGGAAAAUGGCUCAUGAAGUGUCCAAGAUUGAAGAGAGAAAAUCCAAAAUAGAUGAUGAACUGAAGGAAGUACAGCCUUUGGUAAAUGAAGCAAAGCAUGCAGUUGGAAACAUCAAGCCUGAAGCUCUGUCUGAGAUCCGCUCCCUCAGGAUGCCCCCUGAUGUCAUCAGGGACAUCCUGGAGGGGGUAUUAAGACUGAUGGGCAUUUUUGACACUUCCUGGGUCAGCAUGAAGAGCUUUCUGGCUAAGCGUGGUGUGAGGGAGGACAUAGUUACAUUUGAAGCCAGGAACAUCUCUCCUGAGAUUCGCCAGAGUGUCGAAGAGCUGCUCAACAAGAACAAGGCCUCCUUCGACCCCAAGAAUGCAAAGCGUGCAAGUGCAGCAGCUGCUCCUCUGGCUGCCUGGGUCAAAGCCAAUGUCCAAUACUCCCUGGUCCUAGAACGGAUAGAGCCACUGGAAAGAGAGCAGGCUGGACUGCUGGAAAACCUUCGGAAAACAGAGAGUAGGAAGAAUAAACUAGAGGACCAACUCAACACUGUUGGUGCCAAAGUAAACGAGUUGAAAGAGAAGUUUCAGUGUCACACUGCAGAGGCAGCUAAGUUGGAGGCCGAAGUGACAAAAGCUCAGGAGACGAUCACUGCCGCACAGCAGCUCAUAUCACAGCUAGAUGGAGAACACACACGGUGGAAUGCACAGAUGUCUGAGAUAAAGAAUGAGUUGGAUACGCUCCCUAUUAGGGCCCUGCUUGCUGCAGCCUUCAUCACCUAUCUGUCUGCAGCUUCUGAAGACCGUAGAAGACACUGUCUGGAGACAUGGAUGGCUCAAUCAGGACUACAGAAAUUUGACCUGCGGUCAUUCCUGUGCUCGGAGAGUGAACAGCUGAUCUGGAAGAGUCAAGGGCUGCCAUCGGAUGACCUCUCCAUGGAGAACGCACUGGUCAUAUUGCAGAUCAAUGCUCUAAAGUUACAGAGUGUUGCCUGUCCAUUCCUGAUUGACCCGUCAUCCCGAGCUACAGAGUGGCUGUGCACACAUCUCAAGCAGCACAGGCUGGAGGUCAUCAACCAACAGGACAGUAACUUCAUGACAUCCCUGGAGCUGGCAGUCAGAUUUGGAAAAACCCUUAUCAUCCAAGAGAUGGAUGGUGUUGAACCUGUGCUCUAUCCACUGCUGAGGAGGGACCUCAUAGCGCAGGGUCCUAGAUAUGUGGUUCAGAUUGGAGACAAGGUUAUUGAUUACAACGAGGACUUUCGUCUCUUCCUCGCAACACGCAAUCCAAGUCCCUUCAUCCCUCCUGAUGCUGUUUCCGUGGUUACAGAGGUCAAUUUCACUACCACCAGGGCAGGCUUGCGAGGACAGCUGCUAGCCUUGACUAUCCAGCAGGAAAAGGCAGAAUUGGAGACUGAGAAAACACGACUAUUACAGCAAGAGGAAGACAAGAAGAUACAGCUGGCUCAGUUAGAAGAAUCGUUGUUAGAGACAUUGGCUACAGCUCAGGGUAAUAUUCUGGAGAACAGGGAGCUGAUCGAGAGUCUGAACCAAACCAAGGCAAGCAGUGCCUUGAUCCAAGAGUCACUGCUGGAAUCGCACAAGCUACAGGCGUCCUUGGACCAGGAGCGGGAUGCCUACCUGCCUCUUGCUGAGAGUGCCAGCAAGAUGUAUUUUGUCAUCACAGACCUGUCAAAGAUCAACAAUAUGUACCGCUUCAGCCUCGCUUCUUUCCUGCGCCUCUUCCAAAGGGCUCUUCAGGCCAAGAAGGAAGAAGUAAACACUGAAGCCAGGAUUGCUGCUUUGGAGGCCAAUUUGAAGAAUAUGGUAUACGAGUAUGUCUGCCGGUCGCUUUUCAAGGCGGACCAGUUGAUGUUUGCUGUGCACUUUGUGAAAGGCAUGUACCCGGAGCUCUUCCAGGAGAAUGAAUGGGAUGUCUUCACUGGGUCCAUCGGUGGAGAAGUGUUCAAGAAAGAGGAGUUCCCUGCUUGGAUUGACCAGGAGAGGCAUGGAGCAGUGUCCAUUUUUAAAGCUACAUUUCCAGCUCUCUACCAGACCCUGUGUCUGAGCGACUCAGACCUUUGGCUGUCCUUCUUGCAGAGCUCACAGUGUGAACAGGAAAUCCCAUCCUCCAUUGCCAAGAAGAUUAGUACCUUCCAACAGCUGUUAUUUGUUCAGGCAGUCAGGCCAGACCGACUGCAGAGUGCCAUGGCAGCCUUUGCCUCUCAAGCUUUGGGUAUGAAAGAGCUCUCCCCCCCACCUCUGAAUCUGCGGCGUCUCUAUACUGAGACAAUGGAAUGGGAGCCAGUGUUGAUCAUCAUCUCUCCAGGGGCGGACCCAUCCCAGGAGCUUGCAGAACUAGCAGCAGAAACUGUUGGGAGGGACAGCUAUCAUGAGAUCUCCAUGGGUCAGGGACAGGCUGAUGUGGCCUUAGCCACACUCAGAGAAUGUUCCCGAAAUGGAGACUGGCUUUGCCUGAAAAACCUUCACCUUGUCACUGCAUGGCUACCCCUCCUGGAAAAAGAGCUAAAUAUACUGCGCCCCAACGCAGGCUUCCGUCUCUGGCUGACAGCAGAAGUUCACCCCAGAUUUCCUCCCAUACUGCUGCAGUCUAGCCUGAAGAUCACUUAUGAGGCUCCUCCAGGGUUGAAGAAGAACCUGCUGAGAACAUAUGAGUCCUGGACUCCAGAACAGAUCAGUAAAGGAGGAGUCCUGUCCAGAUCCCAGUCCCUGUUUUGCCUGGCUUGGUUCCAUGCUGUCUGUCAAGAGAGACGAAAUUACAUACCACAGGGUUGGACUAAGUUCUAUGAGUUUUCUUUGUCGGACCUGCGUGCUGGCUUUGAGAUCAUCGACAGGCUUUUCCAAGGUGGUAAAGUUUUCCAGUGGGAAUUUGUCCACGGCCUGUUGGAGAGUGCUAUCUACGGUGGACGCAUUGACAACCCGUCUGACCUCCGCAUUUUACGCUCCUACCUUGAGCAGUUCUUCUCUGCACGCCUCCUCUCAUCCUCCCUCUCAGCUGGACAGAGAAAGAGCAGAGGAGGAACGCAGAUCUUUCCGCCUCAGAUCAGCCUCCCAAACUCUUGCUCCAUAAUGGACUACCGCAGUUUAAUAGAAAAUCUCCCAGAGGAUGACAGGCCUGCAUUCUUUGGUCUGCCUGCCAACAUAGAGAGAUCCUCCCAGAGAAUCAUCAGCUCCCAGGUAAUUUCCCAGCUGCGCGUCGUCAGUCGUUCGGUGGCAACAGGUUCAAAGUUUGACAGGGAGCUCUGGUCGAAUGGACUUUUCCCUAUCCUCAACUUAUGGAAAAUGCUCAAUCAGGGUUCCACUCUGAUUCACCAGAAGGUGGAUCCACCUACAGAAGGUCAGAGGUCACCAGUCCUGUCCUUCAUUGUGUUGGAGCAGUUCAGUGCCAUCCGCUUGGUCCAGAGUAUCCACCAAUCCCUGGCUGCACUGAGCAAAGUCAUCAGAGGGACCCAACUGUUAACUCCAGAAGUCCAGAAACUGGCCACUGCCCUGCUAAACCAAGAGUGUCCUUUAACAUGGCAGACUAAGUGGGAGGGACCAGAGGAGCCAAUGCAGUACCUCAGAGCUGUAGUGACACGGGCUCUAGCCAUACAGAACUGGGUGGAGCGUGCGAGUAGACAAACUCUUCUGACAGACCUCCUAGACUUAUCCGAGCUCUUCCAUCCUGACACCUUUCUCAAUGCUUUGAGACAAGAAACUGCCAGGUCCAUGGGCUGUUCUAUGGAUAGUUUGGUUUUUGUGUCGUCAUGGAGAAGUCCAAUUGCACAGGUCAAACUUCAAGUCAAGGUUGGAGGUCUCCAGUUGGAAGGUUGUAGUUUUGAUGGAGUCCAUCUUUGUGAGAAUCAGCAUGACUCUCCCAGUGUGUCAGCCGUUCCUCCGUGUUUCAUGGCCUGGGUUCCACAGAAUUGUGCUGCUGACUCCAGUGCUUCAGAGGAGACCAUGUGGCUGCCUCUGUACACCAGCUCAGAGAGGGUGAAAGUGGUCACGCAUAUCUCUCUGCCCUGUGGAGCUAAUCCCAGCCAGUGGAUACAAAGUGGAGCUGCUCUCUUUCUCAAACAGCAGUGAAAUGACGUCAUUUCGGUGAGGCCAGGCACACAGAGACGGCAGCGACAGAGGCUUUUGAGAGCGCUGUAAGUGUUAUGUGAAGAUAGUAUUGUCACGGAAGCAGAUUUGGCUCUGCCAGGACAAAUUAUUAGCGCUCUAGAAUGUCAGGCUGAUACGGACACAGACAUUUUUUCCUCUUAAGCACUUUAGCUUGUAGACCAAAAACUUUAAAAUACAGUUAUUUUAAUAUGGCCCUGUCAUUUGCAUAAUGAGGUACAACAGUGGAACAGAGUGGUUCUGUUUUCAGUUUUACAACAACAGUCAGUCAGCAAACCAGACAGCAAAGUGGAACAGCAUCAACAUCUUAAAUACAUCAUAAGAACGGUACAGUUUGGAUAAAAGAAGUUUUGGCUGUAACAAGCUUCAUUCUGCUGAGCUCUCUUACUGUUAGUCUCAUGAAACAAUACUUAGCUCAUCUUAUGCAUGUCAUAAAGAAAUGUCAAACUGUACAUCAGUGAUUCUUCAUAUUUGUAAGGGAACAGGAUCCAUUGUCCUGAUGCUGCAUUUAGCUAAAGCUUCAGGCCUGACUAUUUGCUUUACAGUUAUUCUUGUUACCUCUGUGUAUUUUUGAACCUUAUUUACUCAAAUAAAACUCAAAUACAUGUCA